AUGACUGAGGAAAACACGCUUAGCCUCUUUCUCGAGGCCUGCCGCAAGGAGAGGGUGAAACAACCAAACACCGUGCUGAUUGAUUUUUUCCGCAGCAACCCCACGCCAAGCGAGAUCGAGGAAAUUGACCUCAGCAACAACUACAUUGGCAACCGCGGCAUCCUCGCCGUGCUUAGCCUCAUUGAGCGUCUGCCGUCGUUUCGUUUCCUGAACUGCUCGAACCAGAAGCUGUACAACACGGACCUCAGCGAGGACAGCGUUAGGGGGAACGACACGGUGGACCGCAUUGUGGAGGUGUUCAAGGUGCACCCCACCGCCAACGCACUCGACAUCAGCAACAACUCCAUCUCCAACUACGCGGGCCGUAAGCUGCUCGUUCUCACGCAGGUUAACCGCCGCAUCUGCCGCGUGGAGCUCAGCGAGACCCGUGUGGACUUUGAUCUGCGCAAGCGUAUCACGCAGCAGUGCGAGAAGAACACCAUCACGCUGUGGGAGGCGCAGGCGACGGACGGGCCGGAGGAAGAAUGCGCCUUUGGAGAGGGCCCUGUGUGGGUGCCGAAGCAAGUCCCGGCUGACCUGACAACGAUUGGGGGCGGCAAGAACCGCCGCCGCACCGUGCGCAGCGAGGGUAUUGACCCAGAGAAGGCCAAACUCUUCAAGCCCCCGUACUUUGAGAAGAGCGAGGAGGAGAUGAAUCUCAUCGUUCGGCUCCUCACCCACAACGUCCUCUUCUCGUUUCUCAACACGAAGGACCUCAAGACGGUGGCGGGCGCCAUGCAGCGGGCCACCUUCAAGUACGGUGAUUGCAUCAUGGAGGUGGGGCAGACGACGUGCAACAAGCUUUACAUCAUUCAGUCCGGCCACGCCGAUAUCAUAAAGGAGGGGCAAAAGGUCUACCUGAAGACGGAGGGCACGGCGGUGGGGGAGCUUGAACUCAUGUACGACACCCCGGCGGUCGCCACCGUGAAGGUGUGCACCGACGAGCUUAUUGCGUGGGUCCUUGACCGUGAAACGUACCGCAACUUGGUGAUGGGCACCGCCAUUCGUCGCCGUGAGACAUACAUCCAGUUCCUCACGAAUGUGCCAUUCCUCAGCGGCCUUGACAGCUACGAGAAGCUGCAACUCGCCGACGCUCUCAGCACUGACGAGUUUAACCCCGGCGACUACAUUAUCCACUACGGCGAGGAGGGGGAGUGGCUGUACAUCAUCAUGGAGGGCACCGUGGAAGUGAUUGGCCGCAACGCGGAUGGGGAGCCGACGAAGGUGUGUGACUUCACUCAGGGUGACCACAUUGGCGAGUUGGAGUUCCUCAACAAUCACCGCAUCGUCGCCGACGUCGUCGCCACCUCGCACGUUAUCACGGCAAAGCUAAACCGCCGCCACUUUGAGAUGUGCCUGGGCCCCGUCAUGGACGUUCUCAAGCGCUGCACCGACGACCCCAAGUACAAUUACUACCAAAACGUUCUCAGGACGGGUGCGGCGCCGCCGUCGCACUUGGAGGAUGAAUAG